AUGUCAGAAGGUAAAAAAUUAACCCAAGAAGAGCUCGAUCUGGAAAACUUUAAUCCAGAUAACUUGAUGAUUAACAUGGGUGGUAAACAGGUGCCAUUCAGUUCAAUUAACAAGCCCCAUCAUGUCGUAAUUGAUCCAAAGCAACACAAACCUCAAGUUGAUCCAAACUCGUUUCCAGAUGUCGAGCCUGAAGCUAAGGCUAAGGAACAGAAAUUGGAAGAAGAACGUAACAAUUUGAAAGAAAAAAAGGACAGCUAA